CUGUUGAUCUGGAGAGAGUAGAGUCGACUAUAGAGGUGGUAUCAACACACGCUCCAGAUUGUGUUAACUUCUCCGGACAGGUUAUCAGAUGUUUCAGUGUAGGAUAGAACUGUAAGGCCACACAUACUCAACCAGCCGGUUUAAAAUACCGUUUAAACCCUGGAAACAGCGAGAAGCCGUUAGUUAAAUGAUGACGGCUAAAACUUUAGAGAAAGUCCCGGUCUCUCUGGGUGGGUAUGUCCAUCCUGUCUCUGAUUCCAUCUACUCUGUGGAUCAUGACAGUCUGCCGCCCGGGGUGGCUAUCUUUCCUAACGCUGAUUUAGGAGGCCACUACCACGACCAUCUUAGCGGAGCUCCAGAUGGCUUGAUGAGUGGCGAUAUGAGCUUAGAGAAACGCUCUCUCGACCUGUCUUACUCUAGCUUCUCCCAGCCACCUGUCCAUCGGAACCAGACCUUCACCUACAUGGGAAAGUUCUCCAUCGACUCUCAGUAUCCCGGUAACUGGAACCCCGAGGGCGUCAUCAACAUUGUGAGUGCGGGGAUCCUGGGCAUGACCCAGCCAUCUUCUGCCUCCUCCUCCCCGGCGUCCUCCGGCUCUCCCGGCCAUUUCUCCUCCACGCUCAGCUGCACCAUGGCCCAGAACCAGGCCGAAAUGGAGCACCACCUCUACUCUUCCCCGCCUCCCUACGGCUGUGGGGAGGUCUACCAGGACCCGUCGGCCUUCCUCUCCACCGGGCCCGGUAUCUCUUACCCGCCGCCGUCCUACUCCUCCCCUAAACCCAACACAGACUCGGGUCUCUUCCCCAUCAUCCCAGACUAUGCUGGGUUCUUCCAGCCGACCUGUCAGAGGGACAUGCAGGCCAUGCCUGACCGCAAGCCCUUCCCCUGCCCACUGGACUCCUUUAGAGUACCCCCACCUCUGACUCCCCUGAACACUAUUAGGAACUUUACAUUAGGUGGGCCGGUCUCGGAUGGACCCAGACUCCCUACAGCGUACAGCCCCCAGAACCUCCCCCUGAGACCCAUCCUGCGGCCCAGAAAAUAUCCCAACAGGCCGAGCAAGACCCCGGUCCAUGAGCGGCCGUACCCCUGCCCAGCGGAAGGCUGCGACCGGCGGUUCUCUCGGUCUGACGAGCUGACCAGACACAUCCGGAUCCACACGGGACACAAACCGUUCCAGUGCCGGAUCUGCAUGAGGAACUUUAGCCGCAGCGACCACCUCACCACGCACAUCCGCACGCACACCGGAGAGAAGCCAUUCGCUUGUGAUUUCUGUGGCCGUAAAUUCGCGAGGAGCGACGAGCGCAAAAGACACACCAAGAUUCAUCUCAGACAGAAAGAGAGAAAAUCAUCCACUGCGCCAUCAAACAACACGAACUCUGAUCGCUCCGGUACCGGUUCUAUAAGCACAUCUAGCGGAGUCUGCUCCUCCAGCACGGGACAGCUGGCGGGAUGCCCCUCGCGGGCGGUAUAGAACACACUAUAGCCAAUAGGUUUAUGGAAUAAAUAUUUAGAAACCUUGAUGAACUAAAGACAAUAGAGAUUGAGGUUUAAUUGUUUGG